GACACGAUUAGGGUAAUAAAUAAGCUUAGGUUAGUGAUACAAGAACGAAUUGCGUACCUUACUCCUCGUAGUUAGGCAUCAGGCAGCAACGAAGACCGCAUCUGACCCAACGUCUCGGCAUCGGAAAUCCUUCCCAGACAGAGCGUCCUUAGCGAAAUCGUCUCCCAGUACACGGCACAGACAAUGGGUUCGGAGAGUAUUUCCAUGACAUCUCUAACUGCCGAAUGCCAACCUUUUGGGGUUGAGCCGCUUCCCGGGUUCGAGGACCUUGUUCAUAAGCAAUGUGAAGAAUGCGAACUGUGGCUGGCAAACCCGCUAGGACACCUGCAAAGUCUUGUCAGCGAGCCAAAGUCUCUGAAAUCUCGUCACGUCGAGCAGACAGUUGAACGCUGGAAUUCCGGUGCAAAGUCAGGCUGCAUCCUUUGCGGACUCGUCACAAAGCUCUGCCCGGAUAUCGAACAGGAUCAAAACCUGCGGCAUUCUAACCUAGUCCAAUUUCGUAUCAGUCCGAAACGUGAGGACUUUCCCCAUUGUAUUCGUGCGACGGGCUACGACCUUCGAGAAAACCUCCGUAACAAGCUAUGGGAAGUUGAAUUCUAUGCCACACAAGAUACUCAAAACCCUCUUCCAGGUCUUCCACUGCGCCGAGAUCUUGCGUUACAGUUUGGAUCGAAACAAUGCCUCAAUCUUAUCCAGGGCUGGCUUCACGAAUGCAAGACUCAUCACAACAGCCAAGGCUGCUCUAUUCACAACGAAUCACGUCUUCCAACCCGCAUCCUUGACAUAGGCUCUAUUAAUCCAAAAUUAGUGGCUACCAGUGAUGAAUGCGGGUAUUUCGUGGCACUCAGCCAUUGUUGGGGGAAUUGCACCAGUAGCAUCCAGCCUCCAAGAACUCUUCACUCAAAUUUCGAGGAACAUUGCAAAUCCGGAGUCCCUGAAGCUUGCCUUUCCCCAUCAUUUCGAGACGCUAUCAAGGUUAGCAGAUAUCUAGGAUAUUCUUAUAUGUGGAUAGAUUCGCUGUGUAUCAUCCAGGACGAUACUGAAGAUUGGGAACGAGAAUCUGGCCUUAUGGCGACCGUCUACGGCAAUGCGGACCUUGUAAUUGGCGCGACAUCGGUUGCUGAUGGGUCCUUCGGGUUUUUGGGCCGGCGUCAUGAGUAUUUCGAAGGUACAGUAAAUCUAGCAGCCCGUACUGGACCUCAAGAAACAUCUUGGGUGGUUUGCUAUCGUUCAACAAUGGAAGGACCACUCGAGUCCAGAGCUUGGGCUUACCAGGAAAGAGUUUUGGCAAGGCGUUUUGUAUCGUUUGGAAUUCGCGAGGUCUGUUGGGAAUGCACCUCUAGGCUUGAAUGCGAGUGUUUCACCUCGCACGACUCUCAAAUUCAUUCCGAAAUCCUCACUACUAGGAACGUCCAGGAUAUAACAAACACGAGGUUGCUCGGCGCCUGGCGCAGGAAUGUUGUUGAGCCUUACUCCAAGCGCCAACUAACCAAGUCUUCCGACAGGCUUGUAGCACUGUCUGCCGUCGCGUUUGAGUUCUCCAAGAAAUUGUCAGACCAGUAUCUGGCUGGAAUUUGGAGAGCAGAUCUGGAAAGCAGAGGGCUUCUUUGGCUCUGUAUUGAGGCGAAAGGGGUUAUACCAGGAGCACCGUCUUGGAGUUGGGCGUCUGUUCAAGGG